AUGUACACCUGUGAUGUCGUCUGGAAUAGUGUCAUAUUCACGCAGAAUCAGGUAUAGUUUUCUAUGCUGUGUAUGCUUAACAUUGUCGCCGAAUGGCUAAUUCGAAAAUAGAUUACAGACUUUGUUAACCCCUGUUUCGUUAAGGGCGGUACAAGGAAGUUCGACAUUGGUCCGGCUAAUUGUCGCGUUUUUUUCGAAAUAUCCAACUGGAAUACGCAAACGUAUGGGCCAAACAUCAUAGGCGUUCACAAAAUCCAUCACCCUGACUUUCUCACAGCAGCGCAAAAAUUUCUGCAUCCAAACCAACAAGAAAAUUCUACAUCACUGAAGCAGCCGGUGAUGUCAAUGAGGUCUAUUCCCCUCAAACCUGUAUACUGCAAAAUAUAG